GAAGUACUGUGAUGCGUGUGACUGCAUUUGAUGCUGAUGAUCCAGCUACAGACAAUGCUCUGCUGAGGUAUAAUAUCCUUAAGCAGACCCCGGACAAGCCAUCCCCAAACAUGUUCUAUAUUGACCCGGAGAAAGGAGACAUUGUCACUGUUGUGUCGCCGGUGCUGUUGGACCGUGAA